UGAUGCCUCGGGCCGCGAAGUACGUAGGUGUUUCCGGUGUCCUGUAAGAUUUUACUUCCCUCUGCUCGGAUCGACGCGAACAGCCCCAAGAAAGAAGACGUUCCAAACUAGCGAACGCCCUAGAAUACUGUCGUCCGUCGAGCUCCACUUCGUUAGGCGAACAUUGCCAAGUGCGCAGCAUGUGGUGAGCCGUGGCCGAAGAAGGAAGAACAGCAGGAAACGUUGGUCGCAAAGGUUCAGGCCUAGCGAAGAAAGUUUGGUCGAGGGCCUGUAAACAACAUGUCGUCCUCGUCGCAGCCCUCCUCGAGACGCCAGUGGUGCUACCUCUGCGAUUUACCCAAGAUGCCCUGGGCCAUGCUGUGGGAGUUCAGCGAAGCCGUAUGCCGGGGCUGCGUCAACUACGACGGCGCGGACAGAAUCGAGCUCCUCAUUGAAACCGCCAGGCAGCUGAAGAGCACGCAUGGGGUUCUGGAGGGCAGGUCUCCUGGCCCGCAGCAGGGCAAAGCCAGCACGGCCGGGUCCGCGGAAGCCGGGCGACUCGACAGGGGCAGGGGCGAGUACGGCGUCGCGUCUCGCCUGCCGAACGGUCUGCACAGAGCUGAAGACGUGGCGCUGUCGGACAGCAGCCGGCAGAGCCCCAACGCCCGCAGGGCCAUGGCCGGGGCAGUUCCGAGUCUCCACGGAACGAUAUCCCACGCUUUGAUCGCUCAGGGCUUAGUCGCGUCCCCGCACGGGCUCCUCGCGCCGAUGUCGGGCUCCAGACCGGGGGGCGCUCCCGUGGCGGUCUCGGCCGGCCCCAUCAUGAGACAGGCCGCGGCUCUGGGCGUGGGAGCGAGCACGUCUGCCCUGGUGGGCAUCGACCCGGCCGCGUGGAGGAGCAGCGAAGCGAUGGCGGACCUCAACGAGGUGGCGCGCAGCAAGGUGGAAGGCUGGCCUAACAAACCCAAAGUGGUCAGGGACGUUCUCGCGGCGCUCAGCACCUGCGUCCCCUUUCCGGUGCGCUUCAGGAAAGAGCACAAUCUGAUGGGGCGCGUUCUGGCGUUUGAUGCCGGCGCCGCGCCGGACUUCGAGCUCAAGGUGUUCGUGGAGUAUCCCGUCGGCUCCGGGAUGAUCUUUUCCGGAGUUCCGGACCUGGUCAGGCAGAUGUUCCGCGACUCCGCCAAGGACGCCGGGAAAGCGGUCAACUCCGGCUUACGCUACGUGGAAUAUGAGAAGCGGCAAGGCACCGGAGACUGGCGGGGGCUGUCGGAGCUGUUAAACGACGGCGUGCGUCUGUUCAAGGAGCCGCCCAUCCCCGAGGUUCUUCCGCAGCCGGAUGCCGGCUUGCCCGUGGCGGCCGCCGCGCGCUCCGUCCAGGCCAAGAGCGCAACUCGGCGCCGCAAGGCCUCUCCAGGCUCCGAGAACGGCGAGAGCGACGGCAGACCCGAUCACCCGUCCCGGGAGGUGUGGUCCAGAGGCGCUUACCCGGGCAUGGAACCUCUCCCGGGAAUGGACGGCCCCCCUCGUUUACACAGCCAGCCCUCGCCCAUGUCUGCGCUCAUGGGCGUCGCCGACAGCCUGAGCUCCGGCCAGGCGGCCAGAGACAGCCCCGGCGUGUCCUCAGCGCACACGUCCGCAGCCGGACGCGCCGCCGCCGGCAGUCCCUCCGCCGCCACCGCCUCCACCUCUGUCUCCCAGGCGUCCGUGGGCCCGAGCGGCGGCGAGUCGGCCGGCGGCGGCGGUCAAGGCGCCCUGCUCUGCUGCACCCUGUGCCGAGAGCGUCUGGAGGACACCCACUUUGUCCAGUGUCCCUCCGUCCCACACCACAAGUUCUGCUUUCCCUGCACCAGAAGCUUCAUCCGCAGCCAGGGUCAAGGCGGCGAGGUGUACUGCCCGAGCGGAGAGCGCUGCCCCCUGGCUGGGUCCACCGUGCCCUGGGCCUUCAUGCAGGGGGAAAUCUCCACCAUUCUGGCCGGAGACGGAGACGUGACAGUAAAGAAGGAGAACGACCCUUGACGUCGCCGUCCUCCCAGCAGCGUGGAUGAUUGAUUGAUUGAUUCCAAAGCACUUCCCUACCACGUAAAGCAGAGUGUUCCCUCUCUGCAGUUCAUCAUGUGCCUCUCAGGACCGAAGAGCUCCCACGUCGAAGAGGACAAAACUUUGCUUAAGGACACAACAUGACUCAUGCUUUUCAUCAGGCCAUUUUCCAAGCACACCCUUUUUAACAAAUAAACAAAACAAAAGACAGUCUUUUUUUCUUUCAUUUGUGUAUAAUUUUGGCAAAUAUAGAUGGAUCACAUUGAUACUGAUCGUUUGACCGACAGAUGCUCCACAAACAAAAACAAAAAAAACAAACAAAAAAACGAAAUGUCAAAAAUGUUCUAAAAAGAACUAUUUUCCUUUUUAAAGCCAAGGAACUAAUGUAAUCUCAAUGUCUCAUUUGUCUGUCAAAUGUGAAUUUCCUUUCAAUAUGGCUGUAAUUUCUAUUUUUGAUACAAUUCAAAUUGCAUUCAUUUUUGUUUAGUUUGUAGUACGAAGACCAAAGAUGGCGUCAUACUCAAGUGUCACUUUUAUUUUAGUGGUGUAUAUGUUGUAUUCGCUGAUAACCAUGCCGCCACUCACUAAGUUCUCUCACAGACGUAAGCUUUAUUUACUUUCUGAAAUAUGUAUUAGGUAAUUAGCGCCACAGUCUUAAAUGGUUAAACUUGUGAUUUCAAUGGGUCAAUUCUACAGUAAAUUACAGUAGUAGUUGAAAUGUUGCCUACCUGUCUUUUACUGUUUAUUUCUGUCUCAGAAGUGCAACAGAUGCUCAGAUGAAAAGUUUUUUUUUUUUUUUUUUUACAAACUUUAUUCAAUAAAUACCAAACAAAACCCACACCACUGCAUACUCAUUUGC